AUGUGUGGAUUUCUUAUUGCCGGACCAUUGUAUUCCGCUUAUCCUGAGGAACCUCAGACUGUGAGGGACGGUGCCGUCCUUCCAACAGAUAAGAGAUUUUUCUGUACUGAGUGCGAGAAGUGUUUCAAUUCUAAGUCUACUCUAAAUAAGCAUAAAAAAAUUCAUACAGGUGAGAAGCCACAUUCCUGUUCUGAGUGUGGGAAAUGUUUUUUAGAUAAGUCCAGUCUUUAUAAGCAUCAGAGAUCACACACGGGUGAGAAGCCGUAUUUCUGUCCUGAGUGCGGGAAAUGUUUUUCAGUCAGGUCAAAUCUUUACAGACAUCAGAGAUGGCACACGGGUGAGAAGCCGUAUUCCUGUCCUGAGUGCGGGAAUUGUUUUUUAGAGAAGUCACAUCUUGAUACACAUCAGAGGUUGCAUACGGGUGAGAAGCCGUAUUCCUGUCCUGAGUGCGGAAAAUGUUUUUCUGUUAAGUCGAAUCUUGACACACAUCAGAGAUUGCACAUGGUUGAGAAAUCGUAUUCCUGUCCUGAGUGUGGGAAUUGUUUUUCAGAUAAGUUCAGUCUUUCCAAUCAUCUGAGGUCACACAUGGGUAAGAAAUUGUAUUCCUGUUCUGAGUGUGGGAAAUGUUUUUCAGAAAAGUCCAGUCUUUCCAGACAUAAGAGAUUACACACGGGUGGGAGGAGAGUGCAGUACCUGAACGACGGUUCCGACACCCUCAUACCCCUAUCGAAAGUCGGCGGUGAGCGGGUGGAGAGCGCAGUACCCGACGGAGGUUCCAAACAGCUGAUGUCGCGGCGGGGAAAGAGCCAAGGAAGACGCGUAGGAGGUGUUCAAGCUCCCUGCCACUCAUACAUCACACGCUACAUGACGGUGAGGAGGGGAGGGGAGCAGCAGGAGGAAGCCGUCGGAAGUAGGGCGCUGAGAAGGGAAUCAAUAUCUGAAAGUCUCCUCAAGGCUGCAGCGGUAACAGCGACUCAGAAUACACUGGUAUCUGUAACUGUUCCAGAUCUGCCGGUGAUAAAAGGACAACAGUGGUCUGCUGAUGAGGAGUUGGUAACUGUAUCAGAAUCAGUCCUUAGCCCAGCCACCUCGGUGGUCAGAGCGGUGAACAACACAGUUGACUUGUGCAAUAUAGGUGAGACUGAGAGAUCCCCAGUGGAGGGGUGGACGGAGGUGGCCUCAGGAGCAACAGCGUGGAAUAAAGGUACUUUUGAAACACCUAUACUGUUACGGUCUGCUUUGCUGGAAAUAGCGGACAAUACAGCGGGGGAUAUGAAUAAGGGGUUCAGAGAGUAUACAAAGGCACCAUCUGUAGUAGCACUAAUGUCUACAACCCCUACAUCCCCUGCACCAUCCCCUGCACCAUCCCCACCUCUAAAUCAGAGGGAGAAGGGCGCAACAAAUGAUGAAUUAUUAAGUUCUAAAGAGAGCGAGCAUACAUCAGAAGAAGUCAUGCAGUCUAGCAUACAGAAUGUACAGAGUAUGCCCGAUACGGGGGACACAUCUGAACUAGAGCUGAUACCGGAUAUGCGCCAGUUAAGCAGGCUUAUUCAGGCUCUCCCAACCAGAGACGAUAUUCAGAAAAUGUUAACAUUAAUGAUGAGUACGUGGAAAGAAGAGUUGGAAGAAGUCCGGAUAAAGGUGGGGGUGGGGGAGCAAAAAGUGGGCAUAUUGGAGGAGCAACAAGUGGUCGUGGACUUCAGAUUGGGGGUACUAGAGGAAAAGUGGGAGAAACAGCAACAGCAGCUGGUCAGAUUGCAGUUAAAUGCUGAAGAGGCAGAUAACAGAAGUAGAAGGAAUAAUAAUAUUUUACAGAAUAUUGUGGAGGCCUCCAUUGGAUCAUUUACAAUCUCUGAUCACUCACCAACAAAUUGUAAACUGGAAUGGGGAGAACCGGUAGCGCGCGAGUGGCACUGGAAAAUAAACGAGUCCCUUCUGAAAGACCCAGAAUAUGAGGAAAAAAUAGUGCAGGAAAUGGAAGGGUUCUUUUCUGAUAAUGAGGUGGGAGAGGUGUCGCCUAGCUGUAUUUGGGAAACGCAUAAAUGCUUUAUGAGAGGGAUUUUAAUCUCAAUGGGAACACAAAGGAAACGUAAGAUAGGGAGACAGAUAGAAACAUUAUUGGGAGAAAUUCGUAAAUUAGAAAAUGUACAUAAAAAAACGUUGGCUAUUCAGAUUGAGGAGAAGCUGAGGCAGACACGAGAGGAACUAAAUCUGUUACUAACAGACAAUGCAAAAGCCUCACUAAAAAGAGGUAAACGUGCCUUCUAUGAAUAUGGCAAUAAGCCGAGUAGAAUGCUAGCGAGGGCUUUAAGAGAAACGAGGAACCAAAAUCAUAUAGAUGGCAUCAAAACAACAGGAGAUAGGAUAGUGAAAUCCUCACAAGAAAUUGCAAAAGUAUUUAAAAAUUAUUAUACGAAAUUAUAUCAAUUAAAAGAAGAGAGGGAUACAGGAAAGAGGAGUAGGCAGGAGGAGAAGAUAAAGGAAUAUAUAGAGAAGGCGGGAAUGCCGAAAUUGGCAGAGGAAAUUGGGAGAGAUAUGGAAGGGCCGAUCACGGCCGAAGAAUUCACAAAUACUCUCAAACUGCUAAAGACAGGUAAAGCCCCCGGCCCCGACGGGUUUACCCUCUUUUACUAUCGGACCUAUGCAGAAAAAUUGAUGCCAAGAUUUUUAAAAGCUUAUAACGCGAUAAGAGAAGGACAGGGGAUACCGGAGGAAGCCCUUAUGGCACAUAUAGCGGUGAUACCCAAGGAGGGAAAAGAUUUAACAUUAUGUUCCAAUUAUCGCCCUAUAUCGUUAUUAAACGUUGACUUGAAGAUCUUUACAAAAAUUCUAGCAAAUAGAAUAUUACCACAUAUCCCUGAUUUGAUACACCAAGAUCAGGUGGGAUUUACCCCAGGAAGGGAAGGCAGGGAAAAUACGAUGCGGGUGAUUAAUGCGAUCCAUCUCUCCCAGGUAUCCAAGAAAACACUAGUUCUGGUAUCCACCGACGCUGAAAAAGCGUUUGAUAGGGUCGACUGGAAAUUCUUAAAAGCAAUUAUAAAAUAUAUCGGCUUGGGGGAGGGGAUGCAAAGAUGGGUUAUGAGCCUAUAUUCACAGCCAAAAGCUAGAAUAAAGAUAAACGAGACGAUGUCGGAACCCUUUGAGAUACGGAAUGGGACGCGGCAAGGCUGUCCCCUGUCACCAAUUAUUUUUAUUUUGACACUUGAACCCUUUCUGAGGACGAUAAGGAUGAAUACCGAUAUUAGAGGCAUCUGUGUAAAGGGAGGAACAUACAAGUUAGCUGCUUUUGCGGAUGAUUUGAUGUUUUCUCUUACGGAACCUGUUUUAUCUCUUCCCCCAUUGCUAGCUGAGAUUGCUGAAUAUGGCGUGCUAUCAAAUUUUAAAGUAAACUAUGACAAGUCGGAGGCAAUGGGGGUGGAGAUGAAUAUGGUACAACAACGACAAUUAGCCGCCUCUUUUUCAUUUAAAUGGACAAAUUCUCAUAUUGGAUAUCUGGGGACUAAAAUCCCGAAGAAACUAAAUAGAAUCUUAGAGCUUAAUUUAGCACCGUUGACAAGGCAAAUAAAACGUGAUUUACAGAAAUGGGAUAAGGAGGUUUUUACCUGGUUUGGCAGGGUCAAUAUUAUAAAGAUGAAUGCAAUGCCUAGGAUAUUAUAUCUAUUACAGACACUCCCUACCAGUAUACCUCAAGGGUUCUUGAAAGAGAUUAGAAUGAAGUUUGCGGGAUUCAUAUGGGCAGGGAAACCAGCCAGAGUCAGAAGAGAUAUCUUAACUUUACCUAAAGAAAAAGGGGGCAUAGGUUUCCCAGAUCCACUCGCAUACUAUGAGGCUGUACAUUUGUCAAGAGUUCUUGAUUGGUGUGCUACCCCGAAGAUUAAACCAUGGAUUCUCUUAGAACAGGCAAUGAUAGAAAUACCGUUGGAAGGACUAAUUUGGCUUUCUAAAUCCAUUUUACCACAAUCAGUUAAAAAGCAUCCAACAAUAGGGACGACAAUUAAUGUGGUGAAAAAAGUAUUUAGAAAAUCAAAUGAUGAAACAGAAGCAAAUCCUCUGACUCCGGUCCUGGGAAACCCGGCAUUUAUGCCGGGUAUAAACGACCCAGGGUUCGAGAAUUUAAAAAGACAAGGCAAAACCAGAUUGAUUCACUUUCAGAAGGAAAAUCGGGUAAUGACAUGGGAGGAAAUUGAAAGCGAACUAGCGGAGGUUCUAGAACCAUUCAGGCGAAGACAGCUAAGGGGGUUCCUGCGAUCAAUACAGAGCCAGACAACAGUGAGGACGAGUUUGUCGGAAUUUGAGAAAUUGUGUCUUAAGGGAGAGGCGAUGAGACACUCGUUAUCAAUAUUUUAUUCCCUGGUAAAUGAACUUAAAGCUCCACAAGAAAUAGGCUUUAUACAUGCUUGGGAGAGAGAUCUAGGGGUAACUUUUACAGAGAACCAGAAGGGAAAAAUUUUUGAGUUUAAUCAUAAAGCCUCUCUAGCAUCCAAAUACCAGGAGGGAGGAUAUAAGAUCCUGAGUAGGUGGUAUAGGACCCCGGAAGUUUUAAACCAAAUUUUUCCACAAGCGUCAAAUCUUUGUUGGCGAUGUUCAAAAGAAGAAGGAACUCUGAUACAUAUUUUUUGGAACUGUGAAGGAGUGAAAGAAUUUUGGAGGAUGGUGUCUGAGGAAAUAGAAGAGAUAACUGAAAUGUCUCUUGGAGAGAAUCCAGCGGUCUACCUGUUGUUGGACAUCCCUAUAUCAGUAGUUAAGUACAAAAAAUCUUUGAGUGGAAACCUUGAGGAUUAUAAUAGUGUUAUUAAAGAAGAGUACAAGCAAGAGGACGAGGAAUAUGGUAAGACUGUGAGGGACGGUGCCGUCCUUCCAACAGACAAGAGGUUUUCCUGUACUGAGUGCGGGAAGUGUUUCCGUUUAAAGUCUGGUCUUACUGUUCAUAAAAAAAUUCAUACAGGUGAGAAGCCACAUUCCUGUUCUGAGUGCGGGAAAUGUUUUAUAAAAAAAUCAAAACUUGUCACACAUCAGAGGUCUCACACGGGUGAGAAGCCGUAUUCCUGUCCUGAAUGUGGGAAAUGUUUUGCAGUUAAGUCGCUUCUUGACACACAUCAGAGGUCUCACACGGGUGAGAAGCCGUAUUCCUGUGAUGAGUGCGGAAAAUGUUUUACAGCUAAGUCCAGUCUUUAUCCUCAUCAGAGAUCACACACAGGUGAGAAGCCAUAUUCCUGUCCUGAGUGCGGGAAAUGUUUUUCAGUUAAGUCAUAUCUUGACAGACAUCAGAUGUCGCACACGGGUGAGAAGCCAUAUUCCUGUUUUGAGUGCGGGAAAUGUUUUUCAGUUAAGACGAGUCUUAGCAAACAUCAGAGGUUGCACACGAGUGAGAAGCCAUAUUUCUGUCCUGAGUGCGGGAAAUGUUUUUCAGUUAAGUCAUAUCUUGACAGACAUCAGAUGUCGCACACGGGUGAGAAGCCGUAUUCCUGUGAUAAGUGCGGGAAAUGUUUUUCAGUUAAGUGGCUUCUUGACACACAUCAGAGGUCGCACACGGGUGAGAAGCCGUAUUCCUGUGAUGAGUGCGGAAAAUGUUUUACAUCUAAGUCCAAUCUUUAUCCUCAUCAGAGAUCACACACAGGUGAGAAGCCACAUUCCUGUUCUGAGUGUGGGAAAUGUUUUUUAGAUAAGUCCAGUCUUUAUAAGCAUCAGAGAUCACACACAGGUGAGAAGCCAUAUUCCUGUCCUGAGUGCGGGAAAUGUUUUUCAGAUAAGUCAGAUCUUAAGAGACAUCAGAUGUCGCACACAGGUGAGAAGCCGUAUUCCUGUCCUGAGUGCGGGAAAUGUUUUUCAGUUAAGUCGAAUCUUAGCAAACAUCAGAAGUUGCACACGGGUGAGAAGCCGUAUUCCUGUCCUGAGUGCGGGAAAUGUUUUUCAGUUAAGUCGAAUCUUAGCAAACAUCAGAGGUUGCACACGGGUGAGAAGCCGUAUUCCUGUCCUGAGUGCGGGAAAGGUUUUUCACAGAAGGCCCAUCUUUACAGACAUCAGAGAUCACACACGGGGAAGAAGCCACGUUCCUGUCCUGACUUCAACUCUUCUGGGAAGGCCUUCCACAAGGUUUACAAGUGUGUCUUUGGAAAUAGUGGAAACCUUGAGGAUUAUAAUAGUGUUAUUAAAGAAGAGUACAAGCAAGAGGACGAGGAAUAUGGUCCUCAGACUUUGAGGGACGGUGCCGUCCUUCCAACAGACAAGAGGUUUUCCUGUACUGAGUGUGGGAAGUGUUUCCGUUUAAAGUCUGGUCUUACUGUUCAUAAAAAAAUUCAUACAGGUGAGAAGCCACAUUCCUGUUCUGAGUGCGGGAAAUGUUUUAUAAAAAAAUCAAAACUUGUCACACAUCAGAGGUCUCACACGGGUGAGAAGCCGUAUUCCUGUCCUGAAUGUGGGAAAUGUUUUGCAGUUAAGUCGCUUCUUGACAUACAUCAGAGGUCACACACGGGUGAGAAGCCGUAUUCCUGUCCUGAGUGCGGAAAAUGUUUUACAGCUAAGUCCAGUCUUUAUCCUCAUCAGAGGUCUCACACGGGUGAGAAGCCGUAUUCCUGUCCUGAAUGUGGGAAAUGUUUUUCAGUUAAGUCAUAUCUUGACAGACAUCAGAUGUCGCACACGGGUGAGAAGCCAUAUUCCUGUUUUGAGUGCGGGAAAUGUUUUUCAGUUAAGACGAGUCUUAGCAAACAUCAGAGGUUGCACACGGGUGAGAAGCCAUAUUUCUGUCCUGAGUGCGGGAAAUGGUUUUCAGAUAAGUCAGAUUUUAACAGACAUCAGAUGUCGCACACAGGUGAGAAGCCGUAUUCCUGUGAUAAGUGCGGGAAAUGUUUUUCAGUUAAGUGGCUUCUUGACACACAUCAGAGGUCGCACACGGGUGAGAAGCCGUAUUCCUGUGAUGAGUGCGGAAAAUGUUUUACAUCCAAGUCCAAUCUUUAUCCUCAUCAGAGAUCACACACAGGUGAGAAGCCAUAUUCCUGUCCUGAGUGCGGGAAAUGUUUUUCAGAUAAGUCAGAUCUUAAGAGACAUCAGAUGUCGCACACAGGUGAGAAGCCGUAUUCCUGUCCUGAGUGCGGAAAAUGUUUUUCAGUUAAGUCAAAUCUUAGCAAACAUCAGAGGUUGCACACGGGUGAGAAGCCGUAUUCCUGUCCUGAGUGCGGGAAAUGUUUUUCAGUUAAGUCAAAUCUUAGCAAACAUCAGAGGUUGCACACGGGUGAGAAGCCGUAUUCCUGUCCUGAGUGCGGGAAAGGUUUUUCACAGAAGGCCCAUCUUUACAGACAUCAGAGAUCACACACGGGGAAGAAGCCACAUAAGAGGUUUUCCUGUACUGAGUGCGGGAAGUGUUUCUGUUUAAAGUCUAAUCUUACUGUUCAUAAAAAAAUUCAUACACGUGAGAAGCCACAUUCCUGUUCUGAGUGCGGGAUAUGGUUUUUAAAAAAAUCAAAACUUGUCAGACAUCAGAGGUCUCACACGGGUGAGAAGCGGUAUUCCUGUCCUGAGUGCGGGAAAUGUUUUUCAGAUAAGUCGCAUCUUAAAAGACAUCUGAUGUCGCACACGGGUGAGAAGCCGUAUUCCUGUCCUGAAUGUGGGAAAUGUUUUGCAGUUAAGACGCUUCUUGACAUACAUCAGAGGUCGCACACGGGUGAGAAGCCGUACUCCUGUGAUGAGUGCGGAAAAUGUUUUACAGCCAAGUCCAGUCUUUAUCCUCAUCAGAGAUCACACACAGGUGAGAAGCCAUAUUCCUGUCCUGAGUGCAGGAAAUGUUUUUCAGUUAAGUCAUAUCUUAACAUGCAUCAGAAGUCGCACACGGGUGAGAAGCCAUAUUCCUGUCCUGAGUGCGGGAAAUGUUUUUCAUUUAAGUCAAAUCUUAACAUACAUCAGAGGUUGCACACGGGUGAGAAGCCAUAUUCCUGUCCUGAGUGCGGGAAAUGUUUUUCAGAUAAGUCAGAUCUUAACAGACAUCAGAUGUCGCACACAGGUGAGAAGCCGUAUUCCUGUUCUGAGUGUGGGAAAUGUUUUUCAGCUAAGUCCAGUCUUUCCUAUCAUCAGAGAUCUCACACGGGUGAGAAGCCGUAUUCCUGUCCUGAGUGCGGGAAAUGUUUUUCCGUUAAGUCGCAUCUUGACAGCCAUCAGAGAUCACACACGGGUGAGAAGCCGUAUUCCUGUCCUGAGUGCGAAAAAUGUUUUUCACAUAAGUCUAGUCUUUACACACAUCAGAGGUCACACACGGGUGAGAAGCCGUAUUCCUGUCCUCAGUGCGGGAAAUGUUUUUCACUUAAGUGGUAUCUUGACAUACAUCAGAGAUCACACACGGGUGAGAAGCCGUAUUCCUGUCCUGAGUGUGGGAAAACAUUUUCACAGAAGCCCCAUCUUUACACACAUCAGAGGUCUCACACAGGUGAGAAGCCGUAUUCCUGUCUUGAGUGCGGGAAAUGUUUUUCAUUUAAGUGGCAUCUUGACACACAUCAGAGAUCACACACGGGUGAGAAGCCAUAUUCCUGUUCUGAGUGUGGGAAAUGUUUUUCAGUGAAGUCCAGUCUUUCCUAUCAUCAGAGGUCUCACACGGGUGAGAAGCCGUAUUCCUGUCCUGAGUGCGGGAAAUGUUUUUCAGGAAAGUCGCAACUUGACAGACAUCAGAGAUCACACACGGGUGAGAAGCCGUAUUCCUGUCCUGAGUGCGGGAAAUGUUUUUCACAGAAGCCCCAUCUUGACAGACAUCAGAGAUUACACACGGGGGAG